GGCGCUUUUAGUGUCACGCGGAUUUGCUCACGCACGCGGGAUUGGCCCGCAUGCGUAAAAUUUCACGCUGCGGAUCAUACGCAGCAUGAGUUUCAGUUUUCUACGGGCUGCGUAACGGUAUAGACGUGUUCAAAAAUGAUCAAUGUCAGAAGAAUAUGUGUCGCUUACAUACUUUACAAACGACGAAACAAGAAGACAAGAGUACAUGUUGAUCCCUUUCUUGAAAAUAGGCUUCUUGCUGGGGCGUUUGUUACACAUUUUGGAAAACUACAAAAUAGUGAACGUAAAUUUAAAAAUUACUUUCGAAUGUCCAUUCGUUCUUUUGAUGAACUGUUGUGUAAAAUUGAGAAUAAGCUACAAAAAAGCAGUUUACGAAGGAUUACAAUACAACCGAUUGAGAGGCUCGCUAUUACAUUAAGAUAUUUGGCAACUGGUAAUACAUUCACUGAUCUACACUAUUCCUACGUGAUUGGAAUUGCAACAAUUAGCGAAAUAGUAAGACAAGUUUGUUACAUAAUAUGGAUUGAACUAAAGUCUGAAUGUAUUCCACAGCUUAAUGGGAUCAAAUGGAAAGAAAUCGCAGAGGGAUUUCUCACAUAUACAAAUUUUCCUAAUUGCUUGGGUGCUAUUGAUGGAAAACAUAUAAGAGUGAUUCGACCGCCGCACAGUGGAUCACUAUAUUUUAAUUAUAAGAAAUAUUAUUCUGUAGUGCUCCUCGCAAUGUGUGAUGCUGAUUAUAAUUUUACAUAUAUUAAUGUCGGUACCAGUGGAAGUAACGCCGAUUCAACCAUCUUUAGAAGGAGUCAUUUGUAUACGAAACUGGAAAGUAACACGUUGGGUAUCCCUGACCCGCAAGAGUUGCCUAUUAUUUGCCCCGAAGUAGCUUAUCCAUCUAGUGUAAGAGCAAAGUUGCCGUUCGUGAUAGUGGGAGACGAGGCAUUUGGUUUAUCAUCACAUGUGAUGCGGCCUUAUGCUCGUGAUAAUUUACCUUACAAAAAGAAAAUAUUUAAUUACCGUCUGUCCAGAGCUAGAAGGUACAUAGAAUGCACUUUUGGAAUUAUGUCAAAUAAAUUUAGAAUAUUUCACAGAUCCAUGACUGUCAAGUUAGAUCUAGCACAAUUAAUAGUCAAGACGGCAUGUGUACUUCACAAUUUCAUAAGGAAACGGGAUGGAUACAUGGUCAGCCAUACAUUUGUCACAAAUGGUUUUACGGGACCACUACCCAGGCAGCAGACUGAAAGUAGUAAUACGUCGGCAAGUAAUAUCAGAGAUAUAUUUGCAGAUUACUUUAUCAAUGAAGGAAAAGUCUCCUGGCAACACCGAUAUAUAAUUAAUUAACUAAACUCAAAAGGUUUUAGAAGGUUUUUGAUGUUAUUUGUGAAUUAAAUAAUUAUGCUUAUAUUAAUAAAGUAAUGAUGCUUGUAUAAAUAAAAUAAUAAACCAAACACAUACCCGCCUCUUUUCUUUCCUCUUCGCUCAAAUUUUCGUAGUUAGGUGCCAAUUCCUUCAAAAUAUCUCUCCAUGCAGCCUCUCUCGCGUCCCUGUUUUUGUAUAAUUCAUUGCGUUUAUCCCACAAAACGGGCCGCAGAUGAACUUCAAUGAUUACUCGCUCUGUAUCGAUUUUCAUUUCGGCAGUACAAUACGGCGCGUGCGCCCCGUUCGACUCUAAAAUGGGCACUGAAGUUGUAGGCAGUGCUUACGCAUGCGGAUACCCCGCACCGGGGUGGCGCCCCGCACAGCGCCCCGCGUCCCGCGUGCGUAUAUCACGCUUUACAAUAGA